AUGCACGGAUUAGUUACACUAGGAUCUUCCAUUUGUUAACAAGCAGUGCCCCACAGCACCUGGUCUCGCAAUUGUCUCGCACUGGCCAGAGCCUGCCCUUGGAACAAGAUUCCAAACAUAUUAGGUUCAUCGUAAACAAGAAGUUGCAACUCGGCUUGCACUUCUUUUUCCUGGUCGGGCUAUUUUCGGGCGACUUGGGCGACUUUGCGACAAAGUUGCCGGACUUUUGAUGACACGUAAGACAAGGGUCAAGUCGCUACAGACUCUGGCGCCCUCAAGACAGGAACGACAGGAACACAAUUGGAGCCUCGGGACCGCGUAAGCACACGCAGCCACUCGAGGAGGGGCAACUCGAGAAGGGGCCGCUCAAGAAGGGUUAGGGGAUGGGACGAGACCGAGACCCGGAUUCCCGGCCGCCUUCUCCGCACAGCGGCAGGAAUGAGAGGGAUCCAGAGAGGAGCAGCAGCAUGAGUGAAGAGGCGAGGAACCGUGACCGUGAACGGGCUGCGAAACGACGGCGGGUCGAACAAGAGAGACAGCGGGAGCACGAGAGGCACGAGAGGCACGAGAGGUCAUGCACGCCCAGCGAAGAAGGAGAGAGGGGCAGGUCAUCCACGCCUCGCCGUCACCAUGACCAUCACCGUCACCAUCACCAUCGCCACCAUUCCCGAGACGGUCAUUCACAUCGACAUCGGCAUCGCCAUCACUCAUCAAGGCGGCACCUGGCAGACCCUGCCGCCCCUCCCAAGGAGCUGCCUUUUGGCGCUCGCCAACUCUCCCGCGGCGACCUGGCCACCUUCCGACCCCUGUUCGCGUACUACCUUGAUUUGCAGAAGCAGCUAGACAUCGACUCGCUCGGCGAGAUCGAGCUCCGCGGCCGCUGGAAGAGCUUCAUGGGCAAGUGGAACAGAGGAGAGCUCGCGGAAGGGUGGUACGAUCCCGACAUCUUCCAGAAAGCAAUCUCGUACUACGCGUACGAGUCUCCGCCCCCUCCGAACUCGCCGCCGUCACGCUCCCGCUCUCCUCCCGAUGUCGCCGCCGAGGACGACGGCCGGAACACACGCCAGGACUCCGCCGACUCGGACGACGAAGAUGCCUACGUGCCGCCCCCGCCCCCACCUCCUGGCCAAGAACGCUCCUCCUCCUUGUCCCACCACCGACACCGGCCACCGGCAUCAUCAUCAUCAUCAUCAUCAUCAGCAGCAGCAGCAGCAGCAGCAGCAGCAUCAGCAGCAGCCUCAUCCGGGACGAAACCCCCAGGCCCCUCGAUCCCAACCCAGACCGACCUCUCCCUCCGCGACGAGGCCAUCGCGGCCGAGCGCGAGUCCGCCCUGGCAGCUCACCGGCUCGCCCGGCGCGCCCAGCGGAAGGAGGAGAAGGCGCUGCUGGACGAGGCGCUCCCGCGCGCGGACGCGGGCACGCGGGAGCGGCGGCUCGAGAAGAAGAGGGAGCUCAACGAGAAGCUCCGCGGGUUCCGGGACCGGUCGCCGGGCGGCGCGGCCGAGGUCGGCGAGGGCGAGCUGAUGGGCGGGGCCGGGGACGCGGCGGAGGAGUACCGCGCCAUGGUCCGGCAGCGGGAGGAGCGCCGGCGGGAGCGCCUCAGCCGGCGGGAGGAGAUGGACCGGGCCCGGCGGGCCGAGAGGGAGGAGCGCCUGCGGGAGUACCGCGAGCGCGAGGAGCGCGUCGUCGCGGGGCUCAGGGAGCUGGCCAGGCAGAGGUUUGGGGUUCCAUGAUAGGGUGUGUGUGUGUGUGUGUGUGUGUGUGUGUGUGUGUGCGUUGGUGUUGUUUUCUUAUGAUGGGGAUGGGGUUUGGAAUCAUGUGCGAAAAGAGAGAAGAUACUACGGCUGACAUUCUGAAGGCAAGAAAAGA